AUGCUUCCAAGCUUCCUAAGCCCUGCUGCUCGACGCGCCGCCGCGAAGAAGCCCAACCCGGGGCAAGGGGACAAGACGAAAAAGGGACCUCCGGAAAAGCUCGACAUCGGCAAGAAGGCCAGUCCAGAUCGUUGGCGCCCUAUGAUUGGCGCAAACGACGCCGAGUUCAGGGAGGUAUGGGACAUGUUCGACAAGAUGCGCCACCACGGCAAGAGACUGGGGCUGGAUGAAAUACUCGAGAAACACUUUACGCAGCACGAGGCUUCCCUCUUCUUCCCGGCAGACCGGGAAAAGAGCCCUGGCAUCGCCUACAUACAGCGCCAGGCCAGCCGUCGAUACCACAGGCUCGUCAAGACGGAGCGGUUCGCCGACCUCAAGCAGGCCAGCUCUGCAGAGGACUUGAUUUCCAAGCUUACCAUGCUCUACUUUGGCCUGCCCAUCGCUCCGUACUCGUUCGUCUCGUUUGAUGACCAGGUUCCCGGGCAGGAGGACGAGGAUGGCAUCACCUAUGAAACGGUUGAGCUGGUACACCCGGAACACCGUCCGCUCAAGUUCUUGAACAAGUACACAGAACGGUCCUAUGGCAAAGACAUUAGUAGACGGCCCGAUCCUCUGUAUGAGAUGUUCUACAGCGGCCUGAGCGAGCUGCAGUGGGCUGGCCACAUCCCAUAUGAGAUACCUUCGUUCGGUCAACUCCUCAGCAUGACAUCCACAGGCGGCCCAGACUCGUUAGCCAAGACGGGACUUCGUGGUGGAGCGGGAAGCCGAGCAGAGCUUCGUGGGCGCAAACCCCGUAAGAUUCCGAGCGACAAGUAUACCUGGCGCAUGUACGGAUAUCAGGGUCAGAUUGUUGGCGAAAACCUGUCAGAGUUCCAGAGCGCCGUCGAUCGACUGCUCGGCUUCGUGGAACGCGAUGAAAACAUGGCAACCCUGCACCGGUUCGACAGAAAUGCAGGGAAGCUUGACUGGUCAUUCGAUUUCGCGACGGGAUCCGACGACGAGGACCAUGCGUUCGAGCUCGUCCAGGAGACUCUGGAUCCGGAUGAGAAAGAUUUCAGCUUCUUCUUGACGAAGCCACAUGAGCAAGCCCCAAACAUCACCAAUUUGGCCCCUGGCAGGAACAACAAGAACAUAGUCAGGGUCAAGGCACUGGGCAAGGCCGACAUGAACUGCGCAUACAUCUAUCUGCCUCACUUCAACAGACGUUACAUUGGCGCCAACGAUUAUGACAGCGUCUUUGUCGCUGCCGCCCGCAUCUUGUUCACGCCUUUGGCUACCACUGAGAGCGUUCCUGCGAUCUUGCCGUCUGUUGUCGGGUUCUCCUUUGGUGGGGAACAUGAGACUCCAUACAAGUGCAGUUUAGGUGGCCUGAACAUUUCGCACUUUCUCGUCGAAGUCCUCCGGAAGCGAGCCAAGGAUGGCAUCACAAAGGACAUCACCAUGAUCAGAGGCCCUUCCUUCUUCGAAGGGGAAAUCGGACUCUUCAUGCCAGGAUUAACCUACGAUGACCGCCCAGCUAAAGAUUCCGCGGCCUCGGGUAUCACCACCUCGGCUGAAUGGAAGUUUAGUACUUACAAUAGCGUAGAUCCCGACGGCGAGCCGGCCGCCGAUGUGUUGAGGAAACACAUCUGGACAAGGUUCUCACCAAGCGAGAUCAAGGACAUCCAUCACGUCGAGAUCUGGACCCCCGGGGAGAACAUCAUGGACCCGAAAGCUCUCCCCAAGAACAUCAUGAUCAGCGCUGUGAAUGGCGCCGAUCCGGUACCGGACAACGCUCUGAAACAGCUCCUGGAUCAUGUCGUCGGGCAAAGGCCUGGUGAGCUGACAUUUUUCUCCGCCAAACCCACCUAUCGGUCGGGCCAAAAGGUCAUUCUGCUGGACAAAGAAGGAGACUGGAUCCGUCCGGAGGCGAUCGGAAACUCCAGGCACCCGCAGUGCUUUCCCCUCCUGAGCGACAUGGAUGUUGAGACGUUCCGGCAGAAAGUCAGGCGGUCGGUUGUCUCCGAGUUUGAUAACCAGUAUAGAGACGGUGCCAUCUUCAUCCAGCAGAGUGAGAAGGUCUGGAACACGUACAAGGAUAUGCCUCCGGACGAGCAGGAUGUCAUCAAACAUGCCGCAAAACUCGCCCGUCUUGGAAAAGGAGAGUACAUGUCACAGCUGAGAGCCAUGAUGGAGGCUGGACGAAACUAUUACAUCGUAUACCCCCACACUACCGAAGACGAGUGGGAGGUCAUCAAGCGCUUCAUCAUAUCCCGAGAGAUAUAUGUCCACAUGAUACCUCUCUGGUCGGUCCCCGCAAGCCAGUCAACCGAGCCAUUUGGUUGCUUUAUGCCGCUGAAUGGAGAAGCUCGGAAGGAGGCUGCGGCGCAAAUACUCGGGGAAGAGAGCGGCCCAAGCCCCGCCUCUAACGACUUGGUCGAAAUUGUUUCCACCAGACGUCGUAAUGAAUCCGAAUGGGAUCCGAAUAAUCAGAUUAAUCCUCAUGUUCCAGAGUAUCAAGCCAGCCAAACACGCACAUCACGUCUACGAGACAACUUAUUCGGGCCCAGUACAAACCAGAAGACUAGUCAGGUCACCACGCGGAGCAGCACGCAGAACACCACGCAGAACACCACGCAGUACACCACCCAGAGGCACACACAGAAGACCGCAAGAACUGGAGCUGCGCUUGAUGGAAAAGUCGUUCCCUUCGGCCCACCCGCAAUCCAAGGGAAGUGGCCACUCACCAAUGCUGAACGGGUCAAGUUCCUCCGCGAGCAGACCUACGGCAAUCCCAUCUCCAUUUACGAUGGCGGCAGGCCACACAUACCGAUCAACGCCCCUCCUAUAGAGACAUUCCUCCAUGGCGGCGCCGGUCUCCCAUCUGUCAGCAUCGCCAUGAUGACGCUGACCGAGCAGCGGCACCUCCAGGAGCAGUACCUGCAGAUGCGCAACCUGGCGCUCGAGCGGACGAUGCCCUGUCCAUACCGACCAUGCGGCUACUCCUUCAGCGUGGACAAGCUCGAUGACAUGCGUGCUCACAUUGAGGCGUCUCAUUCUUGGGACAACUGCAACUUUUGCGAUGAGCGUCUCUACAGGUACUGGGGCUCUGAGAAACGGCUGCACCACUACAACACGAAACACUCCAAUAUGCUUUCGUCGAAGGACGCGGCUGCCGCCCUUGUCCAGACGCUAGGCGAGAAGUCGACCCUGGGCGAUCAAGGCAGGAAGGCGGUAAGCUUCGAAGCCCCUGAGAAUCCUACCAUCGUUGUCACGGAGCCUACCGAAGCCGCGGCCAGCAAUCCAAAGCCCGCAAUAGGUGCACGCGGCACACCGCGGAAGCCGGCCGUCACGGGCAAAACGCAACGUCCGACGGACAAGCCCCUCCAACCCAGCGCGGGUACUGCCAAUUCUUCAGGUAAUAAGCGCAAGCGCACCGUCGCCCCCAAGAAUAAGGGUGACCGUGAGUACCUUGAUGAUGGAAUCGUGGAUGACGACGUUGACAUGGACAAUGACGAGGAAUAUGAUGAGGACUCUGAGGAAGAGGACGACGAUGAGUAUGAGGAUUAUACUGAAAAGCCGAGGACGCCCAAGCCAGGACGUAGCCCUGCUAGUCGUCCUGUCUCAGCUGGUCAAGACACCACACCAACAUCGUCGGCCAAGAGAAAAAGAGCCAGGACCAAGCGGAAAUCUGGCGGCAAGGACCCGGCAUACCGCGACGGUGGCGACUUCGACGACGAGCAAGUAUUCGAGUUAGGAAUCGUCCCACCAGGAUCGUCUCGUGGCAAGAAGCAGAAGGUGUCCCACCCUAAUCCCGAGCCUAAUGACGCUGAAUGGAGAGACAGCGGCAACUCGGACGACUAUUCCAUCCCAUCCGAGGACGAUCAGCCCGGCGCCAUGGGUGCGGCCAGGCGGCGCGAGGCCUUCCGCCUCCGUGCAGAAAACGACCCCAGUUAUAGGCCUCGCAAAGGCUCCCACGCCAACGACGACGACGACGACCCGGAGCUUGAGGCGUCGGCGGUGCCCGAAGGUGAGGAUUCAGUCCUCGCCGACAUCCGGGGCGGAACCGAAACCGGAUCUGCCGCCAAGAAGCGCAGUCCUCUUGCCGAUCCAUCCUACAGGCUUCCAAAGGGCGCCCUCGGCGAGGACGAUGACCCGGCGCUCAUCAAGUCUGCAGCGCCAGAGCCGGGCCUGCCUGGGACUUUGAUGGAGAACCCAACCAAGAAGCGCAAGCUACCCGCGGACGGCCGCAAGGACGUAAAUGCUUUCCCGGUUGAUGGCGCAAAUCUUGAGAUCAAUCUGCAGGGGAAGAUUGGCCAGGACGCCAAGCCCGCUGCCAAGAAGCCCCGCAGAACGCCGGCUGCCAAAAAGACCGCUGCGGCGUCAAAGAAAACGCCGGCAACCGCAAAGGCCACUCCCGCGGCCAAGUCCACUGCGAACAAAACUGCCACGGAGGGUGCUGCAGCUGCCAUUGAGUCAGCCUUGUUCUCAACGUCCACUGUUAAACCCAAGCCUACUCCAGCCAGACGCAAGCCUGUUGCCGAUGGUGAGCCUGUUAGAAGGUCAGCUCGUACUGUUAGCAGGGAGAUCCAGUAA